GCUCUCAGUCCACGGUUGGCAUGAGAAAGGAUAAAGAACACCCGGCAGCAACCAUCACUUUCCAACCAACACACCUCAUUCAAAUAAGUGAUACCUUGUCUGAUUUAUGCACGGCAGGAAACACUCAGGAGUCGCACUGUUAAGCCAUGACUGAAUAUAAUAUAAUUAUAUUAGUGGAGUUAAUAUCAACAUAUCACUUAUCAAUUAUAAGUUAAUAUCAACACCGUGAACUACAGGCUGGAGUGCAGUUCCCAGAUUGGCCACCAGAUGUCACUGUUCAGUGAGAAAGGAACUAGAUUCGUCAUUAAGGUUCCCCGAGGAGCAUAUUUACUGUAACACCGCUCUAGAAACCGUUUUAAAUGUUUUUUUAAACUCUUAUUUUGUUUACUAUAUUGGGCAGUAGAAAAAAAUAUGAAUAUAAAUUUAAUUUAAAGCCGCUAUUACAAUACAAUGUUGUAUGUAAUGGCAAGAAGUACGCUGUCCAGAAAACAAACAAACAAACAAGGAACAGCUAACGUGUGGUCCUCUUUGCCGCUUCCUGGUAUGCAGUAAUCUAGUGAGUGACACAGUAUUCCUGAUUGACCACUGAUAGGAAUUAUGGAGGAGAGUGUUGAUAUCAAGGCUCUGAGGGCCAGGUUCAGCAACAAGACCGGGACUUCGCAAACCAGCACCCGAGACAGCGGCUCACCGAGAUCACCACAGUCCCUAACAGAAAAGGGUUUGCUCCUUCCAAAGGUUUCUUCACCACUGCAUCCACAUAUGGCUGGUCUAGACAUGGUGAGGUUCCAAAAAGAGGAAACAACAGCAGCCUCCACCCCGUCCAAGCCUGUUUUGUCCAGUCCAGUCCAGUCUUCGGGCGUUACUAAAGUCAAGCAGACGGGCGAGCUGUUGGAGAAAUUGAUGCUGCGAAGUGCCGCAGGUACCAAAAUUCCGUUUCCAGGUCCGACCUCUGCACCUCUCCCACUGCGACAGAGGAGCACAGGCGACGCUAUUCCACUCAGGAGGCCACUUCCCCCCGAAGGACCGCUGCCCUUGAAACCCAAACGGCCUCCCAACAUUAACCUGGAGCACUUCCACAACGUCACCCGGCGAGGUCGGCCACUUCCUGCUUCGAGGACAAAAGAUGAUUCUCCAGACCUGGGAGCAAGACAGACCUUCCAGUCAUUACCUGGAGUGACCAGUCCAUCAAAUCCUCUGCCACAGUCCAUAAAACCCACAAGGUUGCAGAAGCAGAUGCCUGCUAUUGACGUGGAUAGCAACCAGGACACGUAUGAUGACAUCGCUAGCUUGGAGGAGAAAGAGUCCUGGAGCAACAGCAGUCCCCAGUGGACGGAAGGGGAUGAAAGUGACGUGUACGAGCAUAUUAAUGAGAACCAAGUGGGUGUGAACUGGGAUUCCGACAAGAAAAAAGAAACAAGAGAAAAAAGCCAUCAAUCCGUGACGAGGAGAGCGCAAAGAGAAAAGGAGCUACGGAAAAAAUUCCAGUUACAAGAGGAGGAGGAGAUUCUGCACACGGCCAGAGCUCGUCACGACUGGUACGGGAAAGGAAAACUGGACCUCAACGUGCACCAGGGCCAGAGUGUGGAGAUCAUCAGAAUUAAGAAUAACCCAAAGGGGAAGUGGUUGGCUCGUUCCCUGGAUGGAAAGUAUGGCUACAUCAGUAACGCCUGUGUGGAUGUCGACUACGAGGCGGUGAAGCGGAAACUGAUCCAGUCCGGGAAAAUGGAAGCACCUUCUUUACCUCCACCGCCUCCAGAUCCACCUGAGAUGUUCCAUAUUGACGCCUGUUACAGUUUGGCUCACAGUCAAGACAACUACGAUGAUUUCCCGCCGCCCCCACCUGAGAUGAGCAUAGAUCCCCAAGUGGAAAAGGAGCUCAGGAAAAAAUUCAAGUACAAGGGUCCACUCAGGGUUCUACACACCAUGGUGGUGGACCCCAACGGUGUCAUGAAGAAGCCAGGUGGGAAGGACCUCCACGUGAUGCAGGGUGACGUUCUGGAUGUCAUUCAGCUCACCGACAGCAAGAAAGCUCUUUGCCACAAUCACACAUCAGGAAAAUAUGGCUACGUGUCUACAAACCUUCUUCUUCCAUUGGAUGAUGACAUAUAUGAUGAUAUCGAAUAUUCAAGUGAUCUCCAAGACAGCAACUCUCCGCAUACGGAUUAUUAACCCGUGUCAAGUGAAACACAAACUUUAGCACCAAAGCUAAUUUUCAGCGUGGUCCUGUUUGUCAACAAAGGCAAUGUAAAGAUGAAUAAUACCAAUUUAGUUCGUCAAACUGCUGUUGUGUAUAUAUAUAAAAUGUACACACUAUUUCACACAAUCUCAAAGUGCUACAAAGACAGCAUAAAAUCCACAGUGAAGCAAU